GUUCGAGAAGGGCACCGAAGACACGACGAUUGAGCGUGAGAAAGUGGAGAUCGAGCGAAGUGCUGAUAUGCAAAAAGUGAAAGCCGCUUUCAACCGGGAUAUGACCGCCGACGAAGCGCCAAAAGACUGUGCAGUGUGCGGCAGAACCGUCUAUCCUGUCGAACGCGUGUUCGCCAAUAAGCAGCUUUAUCACAAUCAAUGCUUCAAGUGUGCCAAGUGUGAGAAGAAAUUAACACCGACCAACUACAAUUCACAUCAAGGCGUACUACUGUGCAAGGUUCAUAUGCUUGAAGUGUUCCAUCCGGAAAUCGCAAAAACCAUGGAUCCAGCGAACACUGAGGAAGAUGAACAUCCUGAAGAUGACGAAGAUGACGAGUUUGCCGUUACCAACAAGCCGAGACAACUGCAAGGAGUGGUCAAGUUGCGUAUUUGCGCUCUGAUGAUCCGUCCCGAAGAUGAACAUCCCGAAGAUGACGAAGAUGACGAGUUUGCCGUUACCAACAAGCCGAGACAACUGCAAGGAGUGGUCAA